AAAGGAAUUUACAAGAAAGUUAAAUUCACAGGAGUGCCCCAGACAGUGAGGGGCGGAGCUACGAAUACAAAAGGUUACAGCAUGAGAGGAGUCACAAACCGAAAGAAAAAGGGAGAACAGAAACGGUUACCCGCCAAGUGAAGGAGAGCUGAACAAAACACGGACGAGGAAGUCUCUGCGGCUGGAGAGUGGUGUGCUCGUACGACUGGGCGCACGCUCGCCUUUAGACAGGGAAAAGGGAGCAGGAAAUCUGUAAAGAGGCACCUGAGCAGUUGACUGACUGUGCCAACAUGCUGAUGAAGGAGUACAGGAUAUGUAUGCCACUGAGCGUGGAGGAGUACAGAAUCGGUCAGCUGUACAUGAUUAGCAAACACAGCCACGAGCAGAGCAGCGACGGCGAAGGGGUGGAGGUGAUCUGCAAUGAGCCCCAUGCCCACCCCCAGCACGGCCCCGGGCAGUACACCGAGAAGCGCAUACACCUCAGCAGUAAACUUCCAUCUUGGAUAAGUAUGUUUGUUCCUCGGAUCUUCUAUAUCAUAGAGAAGGCCUGGAACUUCUACCCUUACACCAUAACUGAGUUCACGUGCUCCUUCGUUCCCAAGUUCCACAUCCGGAUCGAGACCAAGUUCGAGGACAACAAUGGAAGCAAUCUCAAUGUGUUUGGAGACACGCCCACCCCAAAGGAGAACGUGAUCCAAUUGGACAUCCUGAAUGAUCCCAUUCCUGAGAAGCAUUAUAAAUCAAAAGAGGACCUCAACACAUGGGUGUCGGCAAAGACGGGCCGGGGACCUCUGCAGGCGGGAUGGCAGAAUCAAAGCCAUCCCAUAAUGUGCUCCUACAAGAGAGUGGAGUGCAGCUUUGAAGUCUAUGGGCUGCAGGGGAAGGUUGAGGACUUCGUACACCGGACUGUUCAUGAUAUCCUACUUGUUGGCCACAGACAGGCUGUGGCUUGGAUGGACGAAUGGCAUGGCAUGAGCUUGGAGGAGGUCAGACAAUUUGAGAAGCAGCUGCAGGAACAAACCAACAACAACCUGAAAUCCAAGCAGAGUCUAGGUUACGUGUCCACCCCUCGCUUUACUCGGUCAGUGUCAGUCUCCGACGAGGUGUCCUUAAAGAAGAUGGGUGCGGCACCUGCUUCUUCACCUCCAAACCCUGUGCGCUUAAACUCCACCCCAGAGUGACAUAUCCCUGGCGGCCCCCAGGCUAGAUUUGCGUAAGCCCUCCGCCAGGCAAACAAGCAGGAAAGCCACGUCCGUUUCAGGCUAGUGCUACAUCCUUUUAAAAUGUUUAAAAAGGUCUAUUUGCUGAGAGGUGUAAUGCUAUGAGGCUUAUAAUAGUUUUAAAUAAGUUUAAAUUUAAAUAAGUUUUUUAAAGUGAGGGAGGAGACGUUUAAAAGCAGUUUCAUAAUAUAUUUCAGCUAUGAGAAAAAUGAGAUUUCAAUUAAAAUACGACGUCCGUCAUCUUUACUGGUAUUAAAUGUGUACAAUCUUAUGUAAAUGUAUCAAAACCUGUUUUAUAGUCAUAUGACGUUGUAAUAAUGUACAGUGAAUUUCUUAACCAUUUUAAGUUUUUAAAUACAUAUCUGACUUUUUACUCUUCUGGCAAA